CCGACACGAAUACAACUGCGUCGAUAUAUAAACCAUUCGCAAUCGUGCAACAAGCUGCUUUCAGUUCAUCAUAUUCACAAGCAAUGGAAAGACAUCUAAGACGAGAAGCUAACCGCGCCGAAAGGCAAGAGGUGAAAGCGGAGAGACAAGAGCAAAGGCUGCACAACAGAGCCAUUAAUGCUGCAUUACAUGGGAAUGUUGGAAAAGCAAUUCGACUCGAAGCGAAAUCUAAUGCUGCUCAUCACAGAGCUGAGGACGCCCACCACCGUGAAGUGAAUGCAAGAGCUGCAGCGAACUCUAUGCACCAUCACCAUCAUCACCAUCAUACACCUCCUCCACCAGUCCACCACCAUCAUCCUCCGCCACAUCAUCACUAUCCACCUCAUUGUCCCCCCCAUUACCCCGUGGGUGUAGCACCCUCUCCAAGACAUGGGUAUCCUGGUUACCCACCUUAUCCUCAAGGACCCGGCCACCACCACCACUACUGAAAACCUGUUUGAACAAGCGUGUAUAAAGUUGAUGUUGCAUAAUAAAUCGAAUCCUACACAUUUUUUAAUUUAAUGUGAAAGCUUAUACACCAUCGCAUUAAUGACCAAACUCAAUCAUACCAGCAAUGUAAACCUCAAUAAACAAUUACCCACAAAGUUACAUACGUUGUAACUUGUAUGCGGCACGAGGUGUAUGAAACAGAACACCCGUGUUAUAACGCCUGUUGUUCUCCGACAAUGUGAGGAUAAAACAAGUUACAUUCAUUCGUACUGUUUGAUUAUUUUUUGCAAUUUCUAAUUUUCCAAUCUCAUUACCGUAUUUGUAUUGUUAGCUUCCGAAGGGUACACGUGCAAUAGACUCUUGUAUAUACAUUGUUAUUACGCUUAUGUUGUUUCCGACCCCGUUAUAACGCAUGCCUUGUUACACCCCAUCUUACUACACAUAUGACUGUGUGUGCAUAAUUACUGAGACGUACCAUGUAUGUAUUUGAAUAUUGUUGUAUAUAAUAUAUGAUUGAUCCAAUUUUAAAUAGAUUGUGGUUUCCGGUU